AUGGCCGAUGAUAGAAAAGAAAAGACCACUCAAAAGACCACCAGCGCUAGCCAAUCCUCUGCUGUGGUCCCAGUUGGGUAUCGCGAGAUACAAGGCUACGACCGCCACCGCCGGGACGUCGAAGAGCGGCGGCGACGCGGCCCUAUUUGGGCCCGUCGUGGCCUGCCGGCCCCAAGGCCGAUCGAGAUCCCGGGGUGCGAGACGGCGGUCCUGGAGCAGGCCGCGGAGUCUAGUACUCCGCGGCCUUGUGUCCAGGACGCGCCGUGUUCGGACCCGUUUGACCUGACUGUGACUUGCCCGGUUAUUCACUUUCCUUGCUCCCAAACGCCCCGCACCGAGGAGCUGUUCGAGGCGUGGGAGUCCUGCCCCGACAAAGAGGACCGCUACCCGGGGUACGCGCACUGGAAGAUGCACAUGGUGCACGAGCAGUCGAUCGUGACGGAGGUUCUGCGCUUCGAUUUUGCAGCCCAUCUUCGGCUCAUCGACAGCCAAGAGGGGAAUGGGUAUCCGCAGAAGGAAGAUGAUUGCAAGGGCGAGCUCGUUCAGUACUACUGGCCAGAUAAGUGGCGGAUUGGGGAUGGUGUCAAAGGGAGUAUUGCGCAGUAUCUUUGGCCGCUUAUGCAUUCUGCUAUUCUGCGGUCUCGACAUACUCUCGUGGUUGAUGUGAACAAUCCUGGUGCGGAGAAGGCUGUUAAGGCGACUGAGGAAGAAGCAAGAAAGGCAGCUGGAGAAGAGAACGAGAGUUUUUCUAUAAGAAAAGAAAAAGAAAAGAAAGAGCAUGAUAAGAACGAAGAAGAUGGUUGA